CGGGAAUGCAUCUCGUCAACAACAGAUAGCUUUCGUUUCGUUGUCAGUUGUAGCUAUCGGCCGCUCAGAGAGGUAUUCUGAGGCAGUUUGAUAUCCUGUCUCCAGCCACAAAGGCACCAAAACCAGCAAGCAGUAUGGCCACAGCGCAGUCCGUGUUGCUGCUAGCAGUGCAUAUUCUGCUGAUAUCAGAGUUCAUCCUGGCCAAAAGAGACUACUACGACAUACUGGGGGUGCCCAGAGAUGCCACCGAGCGCCAGAUCAAGAAGGCUUUCCAUAAGCUGGCCCUCAAGUACCAUCCUGACCGAAACAAGGGCCCAGACGCCGAGGCCAAAUUCAGAGAACUAGCAGAGGCAUAUGAGACGUUAUCAGAUGACAAAAGGAGGCAAGAAUAUGACCAGUUUGGCCAUCGUCCAUCACCAGGGGAGAGCCAUAGUAGAGGAGGUGGUAACUACAACUUUAGACAACACUUCCAGUCCUUCAACUUCAACUUUGAUGACAUCUUCAAAGACUAUGACCUUUUUGCUCAGCAACACCACUUUCACUCCCACUCCCAACAUCAAGCCCACCAAAAGACACACUUUGACACCCACUUCCAGGUCCACCAGGAGGCUAACAGUUACACACACAGCUCCAGGGCUGACAGCAGAUUCCAGGGCUCGGCAAAGCAGCACUGCAAGACAGUGACCCAGCGUAGAGGGAACAUGGUGACCACCUUCACUGACUGCUCCUGAGACAGACAACGUGGCUCUACACAGGGCUGCACCUUGGGACACUGCUAGGUUCUUACUUUUAGUUUUGGAAUUGAAUGCUAAUUUAUCACUAAAUAGAAAAUGGGUUUUGUGUGGCAUUUGUAAUUUUCUGUCUGUAAUUUCCUUUAGGAACAAAUAUCCAAGCUGGCCUGAUAAAUGGCUUCUUCCAAGCAAUAACUCGCACAUUAUUGCUCAUUGCAUGGUAAUAAACCAGAGGUUCAUUCAGAUACCUCCAAAUUAUUUAGCUUUCCAGGUUCAAUAUGUUUACUUGUGUUCAUGUUUUAUGAUGGUACAAUCUACUAUACUCAGUUGUGGCCUAAGGGUAAAAUGAACACUUUUUUUCCUUUGAGAGUGGUGAGACAAAAGGAUUUCUUCAGCAUCAGGGUUGUGACAUUCACAGUCUGUUGCUAAGUAGGCUGUAUCAUUGCCGUGGUCUCUACAACAUGAACACUUCUCUAAUAUGAAACCAGCCAUGCUGAACUAAGCAUUGUGUACUCUGAUUUGUACAGUUUUAUUUCUUGGUUUAAAGAGUCAGUUACACAGCUAAAAUAACAUUGAAUUCUUACAAAUAUGGAUUUAUAGCACUUGCCUCAAACCUUACUAUGAAAAUGGAGCUUUGCAUUCGGAGAUAUAUGGAAACUGGCCAUUAUCAACUGUUACCUCAUUUUAGUUUCUUUCCACAAACUUGCAAUCUACCUUCACUCAGUCAGGGUAGGAAAAUAAAACAUCAGUCCCAUGACAAUUACUGGUAAACGUAGCCACAGGCAAAGUUUGUGUACUCUCUCAGCUGUUUUGUAACCAUUUGUCACAAUGGUUACAAAACCCUGGGAUCUGCCAGCGAAACUGAAUGGUCUGAAAAGUUAAGUUUCCUGAACUGAUCAUAAUGUGCAAUAUUUAGCACCUUUGCUGUUCAUGUUGCCUAUCUUUCAUAGACAGUGCUACAUUAUUGUCAUUGUGUAAUGUCUGCACUUUGUGUGAGUGUGUGUCUGUGUGUGCACAUUGAGAGUGCCAUGAAUGUUGAUUGGUAACAUGUUUGAAGAAUGAAUAAAAAAAAUUUACAA